AUGAGCAACACCACGUCGGGAACUGACGAUGGUGCCCUGCAGUUUGGUUGGCUAUGGCUGAACUACCAGGAGGGGGAUGAAGACAGCGAGGGGGCGCUUUCUUCCGGCUUGACUGCACCCAGCCCCAUAAAGCGAGCAUGCACGCCAGCCGUGCCGCCGCCAGCGGCGGUGGCGGCGGUGGCACCGCCAGUGCACGAUCCUGAUGGCCGGACAGCGGCGGCAGCCCCGGUCGCAGAUAGGCUGCAAUGGGGGGAAGAUGAUGACGUGGAUGCAAAUGCGGCAGCGGCGGCGGCGGCUGCAGGAGCUGGUCGCGGCGGCGGCGGCGGCGGAAGUGGCGAAAGUCGAAACAUGCGCAUCACGAGUCUGCAAUCCCGCCGGGUGGCGCCUGCAGCGGCAGCGGUGGCAGGGGCUGCGUGCGGUAGCCGGAGCGGUCGUGUUAGCGGGGUCAUGGCCGGUCAUCAUAACGGCAAUACUACGGUGAUGAUGCCGCCCAGGGCUGGCGGUGACGGCGGCGGUGACGGCGGCCUUCAACGAGGCGCGAAUGGCCAUGUCCACAACGUGUCGUUCGCCACCAUUUCACCACAAACGUCGCAGCAGUCAUCUGGGCCGCCAGCUGCGGCAGCGUCGUUGUCGGCUCCAACAGAGGCGGCGGCAACGAGGGAUGGCGUCGGCCGGCGAGACGGACCCACGGGUCGGCGGCCGCCGUCCUCCGGCAGCCGCUCCGUCAGCGGCAGCAGUGCAGGUACGGCGACUGCCCGCAAUUCAGCGGCGGUGGCGGCAGCGCCAUCAGGCCCCGGGCUGCUCUCCGCCGGUUCAGCGACCGGUGAACAGCUCCAGGAAGGGCCGUCAUCGGCCUCCGCUGCAGCCGCGGCGCCAACACGGGCGGCGGUGGCGGCGGCGGCGGCGGCAGAAGCAGCCUCUACGGAUGAGGUGUCACCACAGCGGCCUGUCACAUCCGACGAUUUAUUUCACGGCGGUAGUGACAGUGGCAGUGGAGGCCGUCACGCCACCGGGCAUGCCGUCGAUACGCUACCUAGUAGGGACCAGCGGUCGCCACAGCCGCCGCCGCCGACGGCACCGCCGCCGCCGACGGCACCAGCGGCCCCGCUAACCCCGGGGUCAGACGAGCGCACAAGCCCCGCGGGAGGGGCAGGGGUAGGGGCGGGCGGGGAAGAUCAAGGCGGGCGACGCGGUCGCCGGGCACCUGCUGGGGGCGCUGACGCCGCAGGCUACUGUGGUACAGCGGCCGGGAGGCGGCGGAGCGGUGCCGUCGACCGGGCCUUAUGGCCAGCGAGAUUCUCCGGUGAUGGCGUAGGUGGUGCGCCCGCAGGACCUACAGGACAUGCAGGCGGUGACGGUGACGGUGGCGGUGAUGGCGGCGAACGUCGGCAUGGUGAGAUGGCGUCGCCACUUGUGACGGCGGCGGCUGCUAGCGGCGCCGCUGCCGCCGCUGCGGAACCGGACGCAGCCGGCACCGAAUCUGAAAUGGCAGCGGGGGAGGUAACAGCAGCAUCAACUGCCGCCACAGCGGCAUUAUCAAGCACUUCAGCGAUGUCUGUAGCGGCGACGGAAAGGGAGUCUGUAGCAGGAGGUGGAGGAGAUGGAGGGGAGGGUAUCAGUUACUCCUCCUCGCCGCAAUGGGGUCAGCUGCCGGCGGCAGCGGCGCGGCGGCACGCGGCAGGUUGCGGGUCGGCGUCAUCUGCCCGAUCACGGUGUACGGAAGCGAGGGGGGAUGGGGAGGCGGCGGGGGAGGCACGACUCACACGGGCACAUUCCGCGCCGGCGGCGGCGCAGCAUCAGGACAUUGCAGCCGUGUUGUACGAUCCCAUAAUGCACCUAGAGCUUGAUGACGACGGAGGUGACGGCAGCGCUGGCGGCGGCGGCGGCGGCGGUGGCAGUGCCGCUGCCGCUGCGGCAAGCGGCCGUGAAGCUGCCGACGCUCUGGAACCGAUUAACCGUUGGCCUGCCGACGAUGACACCCUGCCAUGCGGCGAAGCCGAGUCCACUGCUGCUGCCAGAGAACUUGUGCCGUAUAGCGGCAGCGGUGCCGGCGCCGCCAGCCGGUGGGAUAGCUGGACCAGCGGCGCCGGUGACGGGCUUGACGGCGGCGCAGUUUGCUGGAGCGGCGGCGGAGCCGCACCGACCACCCGCAACCUGUGCCGUUCCGCCGCCGCUACCCGGGCCGCCGCCGGCGCCGGCGCCGCCGCCACCGCGAGACCCUCACCGCUGCCGCCGCAGCGUCCCCGACCCGUACGGGUGUACCCGGUCCACGCUGCCGUAUUGGCGGCGACCAGUGACUACUUCCGUACACUUCUGCAGAACUGGACUGACAGCGUGGCGGCAGGGGACGGCGGCGGCGGCGGUGGCGGCGGCCGACGUGGCGUACUGAAGAUGUUCGUGGAUGCCGACCACGUCGAUAUCGCUGAAAUGAUGCUCAAGUUUAUGUACAUGGGCCGCCUGCCGCCCGGCCUCAGCCCCUCCCAGCUGCUGUCGCUGCUGGUGCUGGCGGACCAGUACGCGGUGGGGCGGCUGCUGGCGGCGGUGGAUACGGCAUUCGCGGGGCUGUCGCUGUCGGGACUGUAUCUGGAGCAGUUGCUUCGGUUGUACGAACUGCCCGAGGUGCUGCUGGCGGGCGGGGCGCUGAACAGUGCGCUGUCUAAGUUGGUGGAAAAGCUGGUUUCGGAGCUGGGCGAUUUGGAGCUGGUCAUGGACUGUCCGGCACGUAGGGCCCAACUGCUGGGACUGCCGUACGAGGCCAUACGGCUGCUGCUGCAGAGCUCCGAAACCCGCGUGUGGAAUGAAAACACGGCCGUGGCCGCCCUGGUGGAGUGGGUGGCGGGUCCCGAGGGCUCCACUGCCUCCCUGGAGCAGCGCCGUCAGCUGGCAGCGCUACUGCGGCUGCAGCACUGCACACACAGCUACUUGUCGUACAUACUGCCGAUGCGAGUCACAUUUGACUGGUCCAUUGACUUCGCCACCCUGCAGCAGCUGUACGCCGAUUCCAGGGCCACCAGGUCGUUGCAGGUCGUGACGAGCGAGCCGGCGUUCUUCGGCGGCUUCCACUGGUGGUUGCGGUACGACCUGGACGCCUCACAGGCUAGGGCCUUAUACACCUCCGCACCUCCUAUAUGUACUCCAGCGGUUUGCGGCUUUGGACGUCAGCCUCCGGAGUAUCGGGAGCACAUGGGGCUUGCAUGUAAUGUCAAGCUGGCGGGAAAAAAACACAGCCUGCCGUGUGUCAAGGUCAAGGCCACGGUAUGCGCCCGACAGGACGCCGGUGUGCUGGGUGAGGGCAGCUACAGCCUGCGGAAGAGCUUCAGCUACCACGUCAUGAACGCAUGUCCCGUGGGGCUGUGGGGCUUCUUUGGCCUCACUCCCGACCGGGACGAGGCGGCAUGGCGGCGCUUCGUGUUCGAGGGCCGGGUCUGGCUCAGGUGCAGCAUCGAGGAAUGCCAAUAA